AUGCCUCCAGGUUCGCUAGAGGUCCUUAAAUGUCAGAAGAAGUAUUGUGGGCGCUUUUACCAUCCUAAUUGCCUUUUGAAGUACGAUCGUAGUAAAAAUCACCGGGACUUCGAGUGCCCUUUGCAUGAAUGUCAUUCAUGCAAGAAUAAGGGAGGAACAAUAAUAACUAGGAAACAGACAGAAAAGGAGGAGGAAACAUACUUGGUACAAUGCAGGCGUUGUCCCGUGGCAUACCACCGGAAGUGCUUGCCAAGGGAUAUUUCCAAUGUUGCUGACGAUGAAGUCCAACGAACAUUCAAGAUUAAAGAACGAUCUCAAGAACGAUCUCGAGAACGAUUGUUUUUCUAUUGCAGGAAACAUGAGAUGGUGGGAAAACUCAACAGUGCAACACGGGAUCAUCUGAAAUUUCCAGAAAGCCCUGCUGUGUUCAAGUUUGAUCUAAAUGAGAAACUUCCUGAAGAAACUGAAGCACCAGAGCCUUACGCGAGUACCAGCUCUGCUCCCAUGGAGCCCUGUGCGUCUCGGCCUCCAUUCCCAUGUCAGCACCCAGCAGGCUACGGUGGCUGGCUGGAUGACUGA